AGCAAAGCCCUGUCUUUCUCGUUUACCUGCUGACUCAGCUGCAAGUUGUCUUCGUAUAUAAUAUUCUCGAGCCGUGCGCAACGCAAACUGAAAUCACCAUUCCCCAAAUGAGCGUUAUGAAUCCUGACGACCCCGCAAGCUUUCGUCACUGCGAAGUGGACGGCUUAAACGGUAUCCGUAUUCACUUUGUUGAUGAGAACUCUUCUAGUGACAAAGUACUGUUGUUACUACACGGUUUUCCUGAACUUUGGUUUGGAUGGCGAGAGCAGAUCCCAUUCCUAGUGUCUAAAGGAUACAGAGUAAUUGCACCCGAUCUUCGUGGAUUCGGAGGCACCAGUUCACCGGAAGAUUAUCACGUCUAUGGCCAUAAAACUGUCUGUGACGAUUUGGUAGCGCUGUUAGACUACCUGCAAAUCCCAAAGGUUACGGUGGUCGCGCACGACUGGGGUGGCUCCGUAGGGUGGCGUUUUGUUCAAUUUUACCCCAAGCGCACACUGGCUAUUGCAGUAUUUUGUACACCAUACUUACCUCCCAACCCAGAAUACAUCCCACUUGAGGACGUUUUAUUCAUUAGGCUGUUGAGACCUUGCAAUGAUGCAGUCGGUCCGAUAUACGAUGCAGACAAGGAUUCCAUUAUACAAGGACGUCCCAAGGUAAAGCGAAAUGAAAUGCUAAGCGAAAGGCAAUUGAAGUAUUAUGUCGAUCAGUACAAAAAAACUGGUUUCCACGGCCCGUUGAAUUGGUACCGAACUACCAAAGUCAGGUUUGAGGAGAGCAAGGAUUUAAACCCUAUCAUUGAAUUUCCUGCCAUGAUGGUCACAGCAAGCCGCGAUGCGGCCCUUCCCCCGAGUAUGGCAGUUGGUAUGAAAAAAUUUGUUCCAAAACUGGAAAUGCACAACGUCGACGACGCCGGUCAUUGGAUACUAUGGGAGAAGCCAAAGGAAUGUAAUGAGCUUCUAGAUCGCUUUUUAUAUCAAAUUUAUAGCACAUCUAAGCUCUAAAGCCAAAUAGGAAAUGAGUAAAGAUAAUGUUUUAUGGACAAAGAGAUUUUCUGGAUGCAUUUGUGUGCAGUGGAU